AUGGGUUUCACCGAUCUCGUCUCCGACGCUGGCUUGACCCUCCUUAACAACUGGGUCAAGACUCGCAGCUACAUCGUUGGCUACACCCCCAGCCAGGCCGACGUCAAGGUCUUCCAGCAGCUCAAGAACAUCCCCGCCCCCGAGACCUACCCCUACGCAUGGCGCUGGUACAACCACAUCCUCACCUUCGAGUCCGAGUUCUCCUCGCUCCCUGGUGACCCCACCAAGGAGUACACCGCCUAUGGUCCCGAGUCUGCUGAGCUCACCGUCAACCCCGCCAAGGCCCCCGAGGCCGCCGCUGAGGACGAUGAUGAUGAGGUCGACCUUUUCGGCAGCGACGAUGAGGAGGAGGAUGCUGAGGCUGAGAGGAUAAAGGCCGAGCGCCUUGCUGAGUACAACAAGAAGAAGGCUGGCAAGGUUAAGCCUGCUGCCAAGUCUAUCGUCACCUUGGACAUCAAGCCCUGGGACGAUGAGACCAACAUGGACGAGCUUACCGCUAACGUCUUGGCCAUUGAGAAGGAUGGUCUUGUCUGGGGAGCCCACAAGUUGCAAGCUGUCGGUUUCGGUAUCAAGAAGCUCCAGAUCAACUUGGUCGUCGAGGACGAGAAGGUUUCUCUCGAUGAGCUCCAGCAGCAGAUUGAGGAGGAUGAGGACCACGUCCAGUCCACCGAUGUUGUUGCUAUGCAAAAGUUGUAG